AUGUCUACUCCAGUUGCUCACGAUGCUGCUUGCAUCUUCUGUAAGAUUAUUAACGGGGAGAUUCCUUCAUUCAAAUUAAUUGAAACUGAACAUACUUUUUCAUUUUUGGAUAUUCAACCAACUGCAGAAGGUCACACUUUAAUUAUUCCAAAGUAUCAUGGUGCUAAAUUACAUGACAUUCCAGAUGAAUAUUUGGCAGAAGUUUUACCAAUAACUAAAAAAUUGGCAAAAAUUUUAGGUGUUGAUAAAGUUGGUUCCGAUGGAUUAGGUUAUAACGUCCUACAAAAUAACGGAAGAAUUGCUCAUCAAGAAGUUGACCACGUACACUUCCAUUUGAUUCCAAAGAGAGAUAAAGAAACUGGCCUUGGUGUGCAAUGGCCAGCUCAAGCUACUGAUUUUGAAAAAUUAGGAAAACUACACAAGGAAUUAUUGGUUAAAUUAGAAGAAUCCAAAUGA